AUGAUGCAAGCCAGGAAGAUCACGUACGACGUCAGCGGAUUGACCGAGACGAGAAUGCACCGCCCGUUGCCUGCCACUUUUGAGACUGGAGAAGAACUGUUCCUUGAAACAUGCGAAAGUAGAGGCGUCGGCGGUGAAGGUGCCCUCGUCAACACGCACUUGGCCAUGAACAUCGAUUCGUACGAAAGCCUGACAACCCAAAUCGACGUUUGCGAUUGA